AUGACUAUUCCACGAUUAGAGUUGAAAGCAGCAACAUUGUCAGUGAAACAGAAUAAACUCAUACAGAGAGAUAUGGAAAUGAAAGUGGAUGAGACAUUUUACUGGACCGAUAGCAUGACUGUGCUUCGGUACAUAAAUAACGAACAUACAAGAUAUCACACUUUUGUUGCAAACAGAGUGGCACUGAUACGAGAUGGAUCAGUACCUGAGCAGUGGUCAUAUGUAAACACCAAGGACAGCCCAGCAAAUGAAUGCUCACUAGGACAGUCUAUUGAUGACUUUCUCAAUAAUAGUCGAUGGAUUUAUGGACCACGAUUUAUUUGGGAGUCUCAAGAAAGAUGGCCCCAAACUAAUCCUGACACACGGCUCCCAGAAGAUGACCAAGAGGUGAAGACCAGAGUAAAGGUUAACACUGUCACUCUGUUGAUUACAAAUCCAAUUGCUGAGUUAAUACAACAUUACUCAAAUUGGUUCCAGCUAAGGAAGGCAGUUGCAUGGCUGUUGAAGUUCAAGAAAAUGUUGAAGAUCCGAUGCGAGAAUAAACACCAAGCUGUAGGGUUAAUUAAGCAGAAUGUAGAUUCUGUGUUGACUGUACAAGACAUGUGUGAUGCUGAACUGGCUAUCAUUAAAUUUGAACAACACAGAGUGUUUGCAUAA